AUGCGACGAGGAUCUUCACAGCGACCUCACCGAAUUCCUGCAAACAGCCUCGAACGACGACUUACUCGAUUAUGCCGAACUGAAUGCGACUCAUUACGAAUCAAUCUCUACGAAGCUGCUGAAACUCGAGGAUCUCAACACCAAAUGGACCGCUCUGAUGAAAGAAGACGCCAACGAGGUAUCGAUCUUCCACGACUUCAUCUCCAAGUACGGCGACUACCGCACCGAAAUCGAACAUGCGAUCGACACUCUUCGACGACUCGACCAGCACACCAUCCUCUCCAAGAGGAACUCCAAAAAAGAGGCAUUACUUACCAAUCAGCCGCUCUGCAAAUCCAAGAGACGACGCCUGAGAGCAUCUCAGAAAAUACGAAAUCGACUCAUACAGUCAGCUUCGCACCUACGUCACAUCAUCAGUCGCCCUUCCUCCCCACGACGACCAUCAACGACCAUCCACAGCCCAUCGCCAACGACAACUCUAACCUCAACUAUUUCGACGCCUCUCUUCUGACACGUCUUGAACUACCAUCCUUCGCCGGAAAUAUGCUGGAAUUCCCAGAAUUCUGGGCUCGCUACAGUGCACUGAUCCACUGCAAAACAACCAUAUCCGAUGCGACAAAAUUCUCCCUUCUGAAGAGCUGUCUCAAAGGACGCGCACUGCACACUAUCGACGGCCUUCCAAUUACCAAUGAGAACUACGCGACCGCCAUUGACAUCCUACUCUCCAUCUAUGACAACCCCUCUACUCUGCGUCAUCUUAUCUACACCCAGCUCCUAAGUCUACCUCAGUGCGACUCCGACGGCAAACAGCUACAAGAACUGUACCUCGCAAUGCUUCGACUUGUUCGCCAAUAUACUGCCAUAACACCUGACUCACCCGAAUUCGGCCUAGGAGCACUCCUGUACAACAAACUUCCACGGUUCGUUAAAGCGAGAAUUUACGACAUUACUGGAGGACAAAAGAAUCUCACCCCUUCGGAACUGAUGACACUACUCGCUGAAAUCGUUCGAAAGGAAUCGACCUUACGACAAAUCGACGCGUCAACUACAUCUCAUCAACUGUCAUACCAUAUCUCCACGAAGUUCGGCCGUCAGUCUCAAGCUCCACCAGAACGACACCUCGGGAACCGAAGUUAUAGAACCACUUCCUCACUCGACAGCACAAGAUCCUGUCCAUUUUGCAAACGGUCAUCGCACUCCGCCAUCUACUGUCGCACCGUCAAAUCGCCACAGGAACGCCGCAAAUUCGCAAAAGCGAGCAAAAUGUGCCUGAAAUGCCUACAACAAGGACAUCGAACUAUCCUAUGCAACCGUCCACCUUGCCACCAAUGCCAAUACCAUCAUCACCCCGCGUUGUGUUUCAAAACAGUGAAUCCGGGAUCCUCCUUCGUUACCCAGAAUCGUACUCCCUCCCACCACCGUCCCCAUCCCAACCGCUCCCCUCCCAACCCAACCCCCUAUCCCAACAUUGGCGAAACUACGCAUCGAACCAGAACAAACCCUGCAACACCCGAUCCCACCAACACCAAUCCAACUCAACGCGGACCAACCCGUCCCUCCCAACAAAUCCAUUUCUCUAACGAAAUCACUCCCAUUCCCACUCCCACCAAACCCCCCGAACACCCUGAGACCAACGAAUCCCCCUCGACCUAUACCGCUUCCCAAUGCAUCGACGACAUCAGCGGCAACACUUCGUCUUCAGAAGCACCCGUUCUUCUCAUGUGUACCACCAUCACGCUGAUGAACCCUAAUGACAACUCCAAAAAAGUGGACACCGUUGCCUUUCUCGAUAGCGGCUCAUCUCAUACCUACAUCACAACAGAAAUUGCGGAAAAAUUGGAGCUUCAUCACGCAACACCGGAAACAAUCACGCUUCACACGUUUGGAACAUCUUCUCCAACGACACUGAAAUCCCAUCUUCACACCGUCCAGAUACAGCUCAGCAACGAAACCCCAUACACGAUUUCCGCUCAGUCCUUUGCCUGUGACUCACCAAGGCCCGGCCCAUCUAAAACAUCAGCGUUCCUUAGAUACACCAACUGA